AUGCCGAAACCAGAAAAACCAGAGAAAGGAACACCCGAAUAUGCUGCCUAUAAGAAGGCGAAGAAGGAACGGAAAGAGCGUCGUGAACAUGGCCGUUCAAAAAGCUUAACCGUCAAGACUGAUCAAAACACGCUAUCCGCUCAAUCUCACUCACGAGCUGGUUCGGAGUUCUCGUACAUUAGCAGUGUCGGAUCUGGAGCUGAGGAGGAACUCGGAAGGUAUAGGAAGGCGGCAGAGGAAGCAGCCGCAGAAACAGCCAGGGAGAGGGGAUUAAUGGGUGGGUAUAGUGUCGUCGGAGGAGCCAGUGCGAGCGGAAGCAUCAGUGCAGGUUACCAGGGAAGUUAUGGAGGUUCGGAAUCUUACAGCCCUGUUUCGCCAAUUUCGCCCGUGAGCCCCUCACCCGGGGGAGCACGGCAGAGCUCGAAUUCACAAAAUCGCUGUGAGUGGUUUGUUUUUCUAUAAUGCGAUUGAACUAAACCGUUGGAACAGUUUAUUCUUCUUCGGCGGUUUCGGUGCCGGCACCCCCGCCAGGGCAGUACCCGCCGUAUCAGCAGAACCCGUACCCCGAGCAGUACCCACCUCCGAAUCCAUAUCCGCAGUCGUUGGGGACUGGUCUUGUACCUCCUGGCCAGUAUGGUGCCUCGGGAGCGUAUACAGGAUACGGGAAUCCAACCGGUUACGCUGGUCCCCCUCCGUUACCCCCGCCUUCCCCGGGAAUUUACCCCCAAGUGUCGCCGAAUGCACCACCGCCGCAUGACCCACAGUAUGCUCCGCUCCCGCCCGGAUUUGGUGGAGGUGGAGGGGUGUACCCACCUGGAGAGACGCCAAUACAAUAUAGCAAUCCGGAUUAUUAUGCUGAAACACAGGGUCCGCCCCAGGGAACUCAAAUAGCACCGUCUUACUUCCCUGGACAGGCUGGUGGCUCUGCUGGUGCUUACCCAGCGCCUCUCCAACUUCCGGCACCCCCCCUCCCGUCUCAAUACCCCCCUGUUAGCGGCAGCAGCACAGCCGGCGCGUCCCCGGGCAGUCAUGGUGGGGUGUCAAUUCCUCCACCACCACCUUCAAAACAUGGCUUUCUAGAAUCCUUAAAGAUACCCUCAUUCUCGAGCCUCUCAAUCAAGAACGAUAAGCCUAACCAAUUACCACCGCCUUCCCCGGCCCUUCAACCGUACCAUGGAACUUACCAAUCAAUAUCCCCCCUCCCAUCACCAACGCUCUCACCAUCACCACUCUUUUCUGCAUCUGGAUCAAUCUCUAUCGCAGGCCACUCACUGAAUAGCGCAUUCUCACUCGGUCCCUCCGCGUUCUCUCCAAGCCCCGGUGGCCAAUCACUCCAUCAGACCCUAAUAGCCCAACACUCGAGUGAUAAGCCCAUAGCAACACCAGUGUACCCUGCUACUCCGGCACGCCCCGCGACACCUCCAUACAGCCCAACGGAAGACGCAAAGGCCCUCCUAUCGGUCCUGAAACGUACAUCCCGUCCACCCACGGGUCCGCUGAUAGAUAUCUUGCCAACCCUUUCCCCAUCCCAAAUAUUGCAGCUUCGUCAGGAGUACAAAUCAAUCUUUAAGCAGGUCAAUGUAGCCAAGCAUAUCAAGACCGUCUUUCCGUCAAACGCGUACGGCGGUUUUGGGAAGGUUGCUUUUGCAGUGGCCUUGGGGCCGUAUGAGUCGGAGGGCUGGUUUGCAAACAGCUGGUAUCAGCGAAGAGAGACUCGUAACGAACUCCUGAUUGAAGCGUUGAUGGGAAAAUCUGCCGACGAAACCCGGAAGAUAAAGGCGGGCUUCAAGGACGCCAAGUACCUGAACAGUCUCGAAAAGGUUGUGCGUAAUGAGCUCGAAGGGAACAAGUUCCGGAUGGCGGUGCUGAUCCAGCUCGAGGGAGUGAGGAUGGAAGAAAGUGCGGAAGUUAGGAUGGAUGGUGUUAGGGAGGACGUCAGAAGGUUGGGGGAGAUCAUGGAAAGGAGGGAUGCAAGGGGUGGCGAAACAGUAAUGAUUGAGAUUCUGGUCAACAGGAGCGACCGGUGGAUCAGGGAGAUAGCGGGGCAAUACAAGGCCACUCACCAAAGGGAUUUGGCGAAGGCUGUUAUGAGGCAUUCCAAAAAUCUCGUGGUGCGUAUUUCCGCGUUCCCCAAUCCCCUCCGUAUAUCUGCUAACGGAUGAGUAGGGAGAAACAUUGCUCCAUAUUAUAAAUGGGGCGGUUGAUAAGCCUCUCCGUGACGCGAAAUUGCUCGAGCAAGCCAUCACAGCAUUAGUGCAGCAAGGCCGUGAAGAUUUGCUCAUUAGCAGGAUGGUCAGGGUGCAUUGGGACCCUUACCAUAUGUACAGCGUCAAGAAGGUUUACAAAAAGAAAUUCAAGACGGAUCUAUCGAGGAGGCUCAAUGGGGUUGUUGAUGGUGAUUUCGAAAAGUUCUUGCUCAGGAUGAUUAGGGAUUAACCAUUUUUCUCUCUUUUCUUACUUUUCCUUGGUGAGGAAGUUGUGGUGUAUUGGUAACAGCUGGGCAAUUGGGUGGUCCGGAUUCUCUGGAUCUGGGCAUUUGGUGUGCAAUGUACUGGUUUAUUAAUACACUACCAUCUCAUAA